AUUCUUUGAUUAAUUCAAAGCCUCACAAUUUAUUUCCUCCACACUCCCCCCUGCCUCUUGGCAUUUAUUAAUUUUAUUAUUCACACUCAAAAUAAUUCUUGACUACACAAAAGAAUUAUCACUGAUAAUGGCUAGCUGCAGUAUGGCAUCAGCUGCUCGUGGAUUUGUAGUAACACCAAGUGCCACAAAUCCCAACACCACCACCACUAAGAUGAUGAUGUUCAACCCACCUUGUAAUUCUUCUAGAAACUUCCGGUCUGGUAGAUUGGUUGUCAGAGCUGCUGAGGACGCUGCGGCGGCGCCACCUGCAGCUGUCCCGGAAGCUGCGGCUCCUCCGGCGGCCAAGCCCCCGCCAAUCGGCCCCAAGAGAGGAACCACAGUGACGAUUCUUAGGAAAGAGUCUUACUGGUACAAAGGCACCGGAUCAGUUGUUGCUGUUGAUCAGGACCCCAAAACUCGCUACCCGGUUGUUGUCCGGUUCAAGAAAGUGAAUUAUGCCGGUGUAUCUACAAACAACUAUGCAUUGGAUGAGAUUAAGGAAGUGUAAUUGAGUGGUGUCUGUGCUUAUGUUUUUGUUGUAAUUGAUGUUUUCUUAGUAUUUACAACCGCUCCAAGGUUGUGUAUCAUACUUGCCUUGGUACAUUCCUAAUUUUCAAGCACAUUUUGAUUGUA